AUGGCGGCCGCUGCUAAAGCUGUCACCAGUGCAACAUUAAUGCAUUCUGCACUGCAAUGUAACAUACCUUUGCCACCGAACCCGUCGACUUAUUGGUACGAGCAAAUAGAGCACAACGGCAUCUCCCCCUUCAUUCCCAAUGGCUCAUCUUGGCAAGUCUACCGCAACGUGAAAGACUACGGCGCAACCGGCAACGGCGAGACGGACGACACACCCGCCAUCCAAACAGCCAUUAAUUAUGGCGGACGAGGUCCCGGAGGGAACGGUCUCGGAACAACUGGCGCUCCAGCUGUCAUUUACUUUCCUGAAGGAACGUAUCUCAUGAGCCAGAGCGUUCAAUCAUUCGUCGACACAUUCUUCAUCGGAAACCCCAUCAAGCGGCCGACGUUGAAAGUUGCGUCAAACUUCACUGGUUCGACUUUGCUGUACAUGAAAGAUCCAGAUCUGGAUGCGACUAUCAACUUUUACAUUGGUGUCAAGAACUUCGUCCUAGACUCAACGGCGUAUGAUCCGGACACAGCCUUCACGAUCAUAGACUGGUCCGUGUCUCAAGCUACUCAACUAACCAAUGUCUUGUUUCGAAUGCCACAAUCGUCUCAACACACUGGCGUGUCUACACCGGAAGGCGGUUCGGGUACAUAUAUGGGGAAUCUUGACUUCGAGGGUGGGCUCUACGGCAUCAACAUGAAUAAUCAACAGUACAGCAUCAAAUCGUGUACUUUCAGCAACACGCAAACUGGGAUCCUUAUCAGUCAUGGUUUCGACAUGGUAUUUCAAAAUCCGAAGUUUUCGAACUGUGAAGUCGGCGUGAAUGCUACCUCUGGUGGCGUGGGAAAUGUAGGUAGCGUGGCGUUGAUCGAUUCCACAGCGAAGGAUGUCGCGAUUGUGAUUGCGACGAAGAGUCAGACAGUGGGAAAUAGCACGACGGGAGAUGAUUCGAUUGUUGUUGAUAAUUUGGCUACGAGCGGGGUGGGGAGUACUGUUGUUGCUGGGGGGAAGACAAUCCUUACUGGAAGUGUUCCUAGAACGUGGAUUUAUGGGAAUGCGUAUUUGAAAGGAGGUCCGGUUAUGGGAGUACAUGAUGCGGGUGUUACGUAUCAGACUUUCAGAUCUCCGCUCUUGCUAGAUGGUGCGGAUUUUUUCACUAUGGCUCCUCCGACGUAUCAAGAAUACAGUGUGCAUCAAGUGGUGAAUAUCAAGACAGUUGAAGGUUAUCCUGUUUAUGGAGACGGACAGACAGAUGAUAUGUACAACAUCAAUGCAAUACUAGCUCGCAACGCCGGUUGUGCAAUCACCUUCUUCCCAGCAGGAACAUAUCUCGUAUCAGACACAAUCCACAUCCCUCCCGGAUCUCGACUCGUCGGAGAAGCUCUAUCAGCAAUCAGCGCCAUUGGCACCAAAUUCUCCAACACCGACGCACCAAACGUCAUGGUACAAAUCGGACUCCCAGGCCAAAUUGGAGUAGCCCAGAUCUCAGACAUGCUAUUCACAGUCGCCGACGUCCUUCCAGGAUGUAUCCUUCUCCAGAUCAACAUGGCAGGCCUUUCUCAAGGCGACGUCGGACUCUGGAACAGCCACUUCCGCGUCGGAGGAGCAGCUGGCUCAGCAGUCGAGACGAAAUGUCAAGAUUUUAUGCCUUGUAAAGCCGCCUUUCUGCUCUUACACCUGACUCCAACCACUUCCGUCUAUAUCGAAGAUAUGUGGGGAUGGACCGCAGACCAUGAUCUCGACGGCGACUAUACCCAACAGAUAUCCACCGGCAGAGGAGCACUCAUCGAGUCAACGCGCGGAACCUGGCUUGUCGGCACAGCAUUCGAGCACAACACGCUGUAUCAGUACAACCUCGUCUCAGCAGCGAAUCUUUUCAUCGGUAUGCAGCAAUCCGAGACUCCUUACUGGCAAGGCACCGGCGGCCCAGCCCAAGCACCCGCUCCCUGGACGCCCAAUGCAGCAUUCUCAGAUCCCACAUUCGCAAACUGCGCCACCGACGGCCCAAACUGUCGUAUGGCCUGGUUUCAACGAAUCGUCUCAGGCUCGAAUCUUUAUAUCUUCGGUUCGGGGUUCUGGACGUUCUUCAACAAUCUUGGCGCGUGCAUGGGGAUCAAUGGAACGUGUCAGGAUAAUGCGUGUGAGAUUGUGGGGAAUCCGACGGAGCUGAAUUGGUGGAAUUUGAAUACGAGAGGGAAUUUAAAUCUUUUGAUUGAUGAUGGUGUGGUGCUGGAGACGCAGAAUAAUAAUCCUGGGUCGUGGGGAGCGGUUGUUGCUGCUACUUUGACGCAUUCUGGGAUCUUGGGAAGGUUGGCGAGGAGGCUUAGAAGAGGAAUUCUGUCAUGAUUGCUGUUUUGGUGGCUAUAGAGGAGGACUGGUUGAC